AUGAUAGCAGUCCCUUAUACUAAUGCUGUGGGCUCAGUGAUGUAUGUUAUGAUUCUAACUAGGCCUGAUCUAGCUCAUGCUAUCAGUGUUUUGAGCAGAUUUAUGGCAAAUCCUGGCCGAGGAGAUAGGGACAAGAGAAGAUCAAUGUCCUCUUAUGCAUUUACCUUGUGUGAAAACUGCAUAAGUUGGAAAUCUCAGUUGCAGCCUGUGGUGGCAUUGUCAACUACUGAGUCAGAGUAUAUGGCAGCAACUGAGGCUGUAAAAGAAGCCAUUUGGCUUAAAGGGUUACUGACAGAGCUUAAAGUGCUUAAGCAGGACGUCACUUUGUACUCGGAUAGUUAA